GGUUUGAUUGGCGUCGUGUUCUCUGGUAGUCUGCUGCGGGACCAGGACGGACAGCUGAGGGGGGCCUGAAUGUCCAACCGGGACAGUCGGUGGACUACCGCGAACUCACACGCACGAUUCUCAGGUCUUCACAGUGGACUGAUGAGCAGCCAGUAGGACCGGGUCGGCUACACGACUAGCACAGUUUCUUGGGAGUUUAGCGGGUCAGCAGUGCCAGACAAGACGAUUGGAGGACAGAAGACAUAGUUGCAGAACUACUGGUGGUUUACAAGUGGUUAGCCUUAGCAUACUUGUGGCUGCAGGGAGGAAGAAGGAGGGCUUGGCGAUGGUCACAGCUAUGGAGGACGCCUGUCCCAAUGGGGUACGGGAAGAGGCGGAGGAGCUGACGCCCCCGGGACAGCCUGGCGUGGAGGGGCCCUCGGCGGUGCAGUCCCCCCAGGAGCCAGAUGCGUCUGGAGCCAUGCAGCAGGUGGUGGAUAAUGUGGGUGACCUUCCCACCUCCGCGGGUGCGAAGGACAUCGACCUGCUCUUCCUGCGCGGCAUCAUGGAAAGCCCCACUGUACGCACCCUGGCUAAGGCUCAAGAACAGCUGGAGGAAGUGAAGCUGGAGGCGGUGCAGGACAACAACGUGGAGCUGGUGACGGAGAUCCUGGGCGACAUCAGCGGUCUCAAGGUUAAAGACGACAGCGCGGCCGAACUGUCCAGGAUCCUGAAGGAGCCGCACUUCCAGUCUCUCUUGGAGGCCCACGACAUGGUGGCCUCCAAGUGCUACGAAGUCCCGCCCCCAGCUGAGACGGCCAAUGAUGCGGCGGUGAACAGCGCUCUGAUGCAGGCUGAUGCCGUGCGCAUGAUUGGCAUCCGAAAGAAGGCCGGAGAGCCGCUGGGCGUGACAUUUCGCGUGGAGAAAGACGACCUUGUCAUCGCUCGAAUCCUCCACGGCGGCAUGAUUGACAGGCAGGGUCUGCUCCACGUGGGUGACAUCAUAAAGGAAGUGAACGGGAAGGACGUGGGCAACAACCCCACCGAGCUCCAGGAGAUGCUGAAAGACUGCAGCGGCGGGAUCACGCUGAAGAUCCUCCCGAGCUACCGAGACGCUCCGGCACCUCCACAGGUGUACGUGCGGCCGUACUUCGACUACAACCCCGCCAACGACAACCUGAUCCCGUGUCGAGAGGCGGGGAUGGCCUUCAGCAGAGGCGACAUCCUUCAGAUCGUCAACAGAGAGGAUCCCAACUGGUGGCAGGCCUGUCAUGUGGUGGGUGGAGCCACGGGGCUGAUCCCCAGUCAGUUCCUGGAGGAGAAGAGGAAAGCGUUUGUCCCUCGGGACUUUGAUGGAUCAGGGAUCCUCUGUGGAACCAUAGCUGGAAAGAAGAAGAAGAAGAUGAUGUACCUGACAGCCAAGAAUGCAGAGUUUGACAGACACGAGCUGCAGAUCUAUGAGGAAGUGGCAAAGGUGCCUCCGUUCCAGAGAAAGACGCUGGUUCUGAUUGGUGCUCAGGGCGUGGGCCGACGCAGCCUGAAGAACCGGCUGAUGGUCCUUCAUCCCACACGCUUCGGCACCACUAUCCCAUACACUUCACGGCGGCCCAGAGACGACGAGCUGAUCGGCAACUCCUACCACUUCACCUCGAGGACGGAGAUGGAGGUGGACGUGAAGGCCGGACGCUUCCUGGAGCACGGCGAGUACGACGGCAACCUGUACGGCACCAAGAUCGAGUCCAUCCACGAGGUGGUGGACACUGGACGCACCUGCAUCCUGGAUGUCAACCCACAGGCUCUGAAGGUACUGAAGACAGCAGAGUUCAUGCCUUACGUGGUGUUCAUCGCAGCGCCUGAUUUUGAGACUCUCAAAGGCAUGCACAAAGCCGUGGUGGACGCGGGCAUCACCACCAAGCAGCUGACGGAUGUGGACCUGAGGAAGACGGUGGACGAGAGCGCUCGGAUCCAGAGGGCCUACAGCCACUACUUCGACCUGACCAUCGUCAACGACAACCUGGACAAGGCCUUUGAGACGUUACAAGCGGCCGUGGACAAACUGUGCAGUGAACCCCAGUGGGUCCCGGUGAACUGGGUGUACUGAGGACCAGCGGACCACUCUGAGCGGGUCACACUGACCCAACCAGCAUGUGUGUGUGUGUGCGUGCGUGUGUUUCUGACCACAAAGGCCAAAGAAGAGGAGACUUGAGCAGAAAUCCUGAGUAAUAAAGAAUAAAUAAGUCCUUCUGUAACGGCUCGCUCCUCUUCAGGCCGGCACGCCGCGCAACUUUUUUACUACUCAAAGGGAAAGAGUGCUUAUUUAUUUUAUAACUUUUUAUGAAAGAUCUUUCUAUUCAGUGUGAGUAUGAAACAAAAAAAAUCUGGUCUCAUUACUCGGGCCAUAUUUUUGCAUUAAUUUAUUGUUGUAGGCGUCUUACACUUAGUCGUUUCCCUUUGAUUUCAAGUGUUCGUGAGUCUUUCUUCGUCGACAUCCAGGAUUUAUGACCACCGUCCGAGCUCCCAAGUGAUCCCACGACCACGAGAAGAUCUUUGAGCAGUCAUCGUCCCAGAAACCUGUCAGUGUUGCACAACAUUGCCAUGUUUGAGAAACCUGUGUAGCUGGUUUAUUUUCAUGUCAAUACAAAUGAAAACCUUUAGUGUUUCUAUGUAGCCGGCCCUGAACUCUCCUGCCAGCGUCCUCCACCGGACCAGAAGAGGUUCAAAGGCCUGUUUGUGCACAACUCCUGAAGUCUGUACGAGACAAACACAUUUUAUAAUGUUCUUUUUCAUGAUCAAACACUGUCACUUAAUUUCUUUUGUGUAGAUUGUGUUCUUAUACUAGUUUUCCAUCGGUGUGGUGAUUUAUAGUGUAGUGUUUCUGUCACACGUGAUCCUUUGAUUUGUUUUCAACUGUCCUGUUAUCAGUCUAUCAUCGACAUCGUCACGUCUACAGAAGCCAAUCUGUUGAUCUUUUAUAUAUGUGAAUGUGGCACAAACCCACUCCCUCCCUAUGGUCCUUAUCUAAUGUGUUGCAGUAUGCCAAAGCCCUGAUCAUAUUCCAAAUAAAGUUUGAAAUUCAGAAAUGUUCAA